UUAUUGUUUUUAAAGUAGCCAUUUAGGUUUUUAAAUCUUCUGAUCUAAUGGAGUUAAUUUAAGUGGAUAUAUACGAAGAGUUGUGAUGUGUUGGUUUGUUUGUAUAUAAAUUGUGUUGACAAUUGAGUCUGUUAUAUCAAGAUAUAAUUUGUGUUAAAAUUAUGUGUAGAAAAUAAUGAUUUAAAAAAAGUGAGAAUAUUGACAGUAUGGUUUGUCAUAUGGAGGUUCAAGGUAAUGAUGCAAAACCUGGAAAACUUUUGCGCUGCCCACAGGAAGGUUGCGGCAAAGUAUUUCGCUCUUCACCUGGAUACAGAUAUCACUUAAAAUCACAUGAUAUAGAUCCCAGACCUCAUGUUUGCCAGUGUUGUCACAAGAAGUUUAAAAGUGCAAAUGGACUAAAAUAUCACUUGCGUAAGGCUCACAACAUUGAACCAGUUUUAUCAAAACAAAAUCUCAGGGCUACUUCACCUAAGGGAAGAGAAUCAAUAAGCUCUGAGGAGGAUCCAUAUAUUUCGUUGACAGAUUCAUACCCAAGAACAUUUAUGAAUGGAGCAUUUCGUGAAAGAACAAGUGUACCGUCACCACUUAUUAAAAGUCCACUCCCACUUACAUCUCCACUUCUAAAAAAUUUGCCAGGUAUACCCAGCCCACUAAUAAAAAGCCCCAUGGACAUGGGCUCAUAUAUGUCAGGGGGAUCAGCUAGUUCAGGUCUGCAAAGUCCAUAUACUAUGAAGGAUAGAUUUUCUCACUAUGAUAAAAUAAGUGAUGAUAGUUUAGCACGUAAUGGUGAAUAUCCAAGAAGACCAACAACAAGUUAUAAUCGUCUCCCAGGAAAUAGCUACAGUUCUUAUUGUUCGCGAUCUUCACUUUCGGAAUACACACAGCAAUGUCAACAAGCAAAUAAUCAAUUUCGUCAGCAGUGUCAAAGAUUAUCAACCGGUGAUUUAUCAAACCCACGAUUGCCUUCUGCAGACUACGAUUCUCAAAGGUCUUCUUGUGAAUUUUACAAUUGUCAUAAAACAGACAACUAUCAACAUAGCACAAGUGGUAGUUUUAGUUCUGAUUACCACGGCGACAGUAGGAAUGAAGCUUUUAACUUUUCUUGCAUAACUGAUGACAAGAAUUUCAGAGAUAGCAAGCCAUAUAAUGGUUUCAAAGAUUUUCCACUUCCAAAUGAAGGGAAAGAAUAUCCAAACGAUUUAGUCAAUCGUGAUUUGCAAUGUACUACGUCACAUGAUAAACUAAGCUAUAACUCGCGAAGUAGUUUUAGUUCUUGCAACGGUGGUAUAAAAGAAGAACCUGUGUUUUUAACAAAAACGCUGACUGAGUCUGUGAAAUUUAAAAUACCUUCCUCUGUACAAAACACAGAACAAAUAGUUCCUGAUAUAAGCACUUCACCCUCAAACAUACAGUGUGAUCGGAAUAAUAAUACAACACCAAAAAACUUACGAGGUGCAUCUGAAAGCAGUACAGAGACUGAACUAUCUGAUUGUGUGUUUCAAAAUGAUAUUUCAAAUCCACCAAUUUCACCAUCAGUAUCUAAGUCUAUUGAAAUGGUUACUUUAUCUUCCACAGCUGUGAAGAAAGAAGAAAUAGAUUUAGCUUGCACUGUAUCAAAGGAGGCAAUGUCAGUUUCAAGCAACGAUAGCAACACGCAUCAAGAAUCAAAGCCAUUACUAAGUCGCAGAACAUCUAGAUCCAAGUCCAUUCCACCAGUUUUGGUUAUCAACCCAACUCCUAUGGAAAAUGAGAUUAAACCCAAAGAUUUGAGUAAGUUGGAUCCAACAAGCAGAUUGCGCCACUUAGCAGAAAUAGCUACUAGUCCAAGAAGUCCUUUUCGGCAUAGCCCCUUGCCAUUGUCACUAACACCAAGUCUUUUGCCAGAUUCCAGUCAUGACUGGACAUUAAAAAGUCCUUCAAGAUAUGCUUUUCCUGAUAAAACAUUUCUUUUAACACCAACAAUAUCACGUUCGAAUGCAGACACCUCACAUUCAGACUCAAUCAUCACUUCUUCCAACUCUCUACCUCCUUCACCAUUUCUUGACAAUAUACAAACGCCAUCUUUUUGGCCAACACAAAUGUGGCCCACUCCUGUUUGGUUAUGUUUCUUAAGAGGUUGUUCUGUCAAGUUUGAGCAAGAUGACAAGGAGUUCAUGACUACUGAAGAUGUUGCUGCAUUUUGUACAACACCUGGUGGCCGUCGUCGUGAUGAUAUGAACUUCUACACUAGUGGAAUGAAAAUUGUUGAAAUCAGAGAAAAGCCUAGCAUAAAUUCUGCACGGGAAAUGAUUGAAUUGACUUUUGAGCAGAUUAUACCAGGUACCCAACGUUUGGUAGCCAAGUGUCCUAUCGACCAUCCCUUCUACACACGUCAAAAGGGUUGGUCUGCGUCCAAUCCAACUGAAGCUAUGGCUCGUUAUGGAAUUCCUUUUCGUGCAUUGAAUGUUAAUGACACGGUUGUUCAGGCCCCAGUGAGUAAGAUGAAUCAAAUAACUGGGAAUUCACCAGCUCUUACAUCUGCGAAAGGGCCACAAGUGUUUACAUUUAGUGUGCAAGAUACCUCAAAAUUUUCACAAGCCAGGAAAAUACCGGAAUCUCCUUGCAAAUUCUCACCUCCUAAAUUAUCCCCAGUUUUAAAAGAGACAACAUCUUCAUCAUCUCCACCCAAAACACAAGAAACAAUAACACUCACAUAUUCAGCCAAAUCAACAGAUGUAAGCAAAUCAUCAAAACAACCUACAAGUCAGGAAAAGUUGGUAAAUGAAUUAAAAUCAAUUUCAGAAGCCAUGAAAAAUCGAGCAAUGUCCAUGGAAGAGGUGAAGGCAGCAAGUAAUAACCUACUACCACCCAAUGAUUCGUUGAUGAGUGAGGAUGUUUCUAAAAAAUGUGUUGCUCCUCGAAAGAAGAGGCGAAAACCAUUAUUGGGUAAUGAAAAAGACCGUCGACCAAUGAAUGGUUUUAUGCUAUUUGCUAAAUCAAUGAGAGUAGAAUUGACCAAAGUCUAUCCAGGGAAAGAUAACAGAGCGAUAAGCAAAUUACUUGGUGAAAGAUGGAGGGAAUUAUGUGAAGAAAAACGAGAAGAUUUUUCACGCAUGGCAAAAGAAAUGGCAGAUGAGCGAAUGAAGGUCAAUCCUGAUUGUUGGAAGAGAAAGCAUCGCAAAGAUAAAGAUACUGGUAGUAAAUCUAGCUCUGGGGAUGGUGAAAGUCCAGAUUGUAAGAAAGCAAAAAUGUCUAGCUUUAGCAAAGAUGACAUGGUACCCACCUUCAUAGAUGCAAGCUCAAUUGCGACAAGUGAUGGAGAAUCUAAGUCGUAAAGACCAAUUCGAAUCAUAGAAGUGGAUGCAAACGUAAAAAUCUCUCCAUGUUUCAUCUUCCAGGGUAUUUCAAUAACAAUGCGCAAGUGUAAUAGCGAUAUACACUGAACUGUAACAAUGAAAUUGAAGAAUGGUGGACAAAGGCUAUUCAAAAGAUAUUGAAAUAAUUCUCAAAACAUUUGAGCAGUUAGAUAUAUCUCUAAAGGCGAUGCAGUUUGGACAACUUUUUGAUACAAAGUGUUUUUAUACAUUCCAUAAUGUUGAGUAAACAAUUAAAAAAGACAGUGUUAUGGAGUUUUAAUAUUUUAUUUCAUACUUUAAAAGCUUAAUUUUUUACAUCAUUUUUAAAUGGAACAAAUUUUUAGUCCGGUUUUUAUCUUUAUUUCCAUACCUGUCAUAUAGUGAUUGAAUCGUUAUUUCCCUCCUUUCAAAUGUAUGAGUUUUUCUUUUAGUCUGUUACCUAUUAUAAUCUAUUUUUCCUACCAAGGUAUCUUUCUGUUUUUAGUAUCAACUUCGAAAAACAUAUUGUAUAUACUUCCGAAUAGUUAUGUAACCCAUUUUUGAAAUGGCAUUAGAUAAGAUUUUGUAUUUUUUUAAAAAAAGUCAUAUCACAGUUUUUUUAAUUAGAUGUGUUUUGUUUUAUUAAUUUUCAAGACACAUUUUAUAUUUCAAUUUUACCUUGUUUUAAUUCUGUUUAUUUAACAAUGUUUUGCUCGUAUAUGUGCUACGUCAAUUCUUCUAGCCAAUUUUUGAAAAAUUUUUCAUGAUGCGGUGAAGUGUAUCCUGUCACCAUAUAAGAAAGAUUUUUUAAAUUGAAUUGAGUUUCCUUAGUUAAAUUUUUUUUUGAAUUUGUAUAUAGAACCUUAUAAGUGUCUACCAAAAGUUUCUUAUUAGUUGGAGAAAAACUGUUGGUAGUUAAGUCACUUUUUGCGUGGAAAUGCGUUCUUUUGUGUUUACAUGGAUAUUCCAUAUUUUUGCUUCAAAGUCCAAAUAAAGUUUGCUUCACCAUAUCCCUCUUGACUGACUUUACCUACAGGAACUACCUUCUAUAUAAACCCUGAGUUAUUUUAUACAUGCAUAGCGUAAAAAUAUUAUUAUCUUAUUUUAUUGUGUAUAUUGAAUGAAGUAUUUCUAUGACAGCUUUUUUCUCUGCGUGUUAGCGCCAGCAUUUCUAUUGUAUUUUUGACGUGUUGGUUGUUUUAUUUAAUCAGGAAAAACAUUUUUGUACAACACUGCUUCAACGCUCUUAAUGAAUUAAUAGACACCAUUUUUUUCUGACUUAAAUAAAAUCACCUUCAUAAUUUUAUAUGUUUUAAUUUAUUUUAAUUUUUGUUUAAUGGAAGUGUGAACAUGGAUGUGUAAAUAGCUACUUGGUUUAUAUAAUAACAACCACCAGAUGAAAGUUUUAAGAAUAAAUUGUUAAAAUUACCCUACAA